AUGGUCCUACAAUUGCAUGUGUGGGGGCCGGCCUUCGCGCUGCCCUCAAUCGAUGCGCAAUGUCUUUCCGCAAUCGCAUACUGCUCUAUCGCCCUCCCCAAGGACGCCUGGGAGCUAAUCGCCAGCAGUGAUCCCUCCGUCUCCCCUACCGGUGAGCUGCCCGCGCUCCAGAAUGGUUCGACCUGGGUGAGCCGCUUUCGCAAUAUCGUCGACUAUCUCCGCCAAUACUCGGACGGCGCGUGGGAUUUGGACCGACAGCUCGACGAGUCAGACCGGGCCGAUAAUACUGCGUUCGCCUCGUUUGUUGAAUCUCGUGGCCAGUCCCUCAUCGACCUGUCGCUGUAUGUCACCAGCCAUAACUAUUACAACAAUACGUCGCCUGCCUACGGUAAUCUCCUCCAAUGGCCGAACCAAUGGAUUCUUCCCCCGAAGCUGCAUGGCGCCGCCAAAGCCCGUACCGACCAUCUGGGUCUCUCGUCGCUGGACCUGCAGGCUAUCGAGGAACACCGUCAGCGCGACCACUCCGCCGCCGUGGCUGCGGGUAAGAUACCGAAGAAUCUAAUCCAGCGACCACGUGAAACCGUGUCUGGGUUACUCGGCCGUGGCUCCUCGAAGAACCAGUUCCGAAUGGAAGCCUUGACAGCCGAUUUCUUCGAACCCCUCGAGGCCAUGCUGGGCCAGAAGGCGUACCUCCUCACCCUGAAAGAGGAGGACGUGCCAUCCAGUCUGGACUGCAUCGCGCUCGGCUCUCUUUCCCUAGCACUUGUGCCCGAGCUCGCUUUCCCUUGGUUGCGCGACGCUAUGCGCGCCAAGGCCCCGCUUCUCUCGGCGUACACCGAGCGUCUGCGACGACGCUGUUUCGGUGAUUCACCAGUGGAGGUCGCGCAUGCCUACUCGCCGCAGUCCGCCCCCGCUUCUCCGCUGCCGUGGCGCGCACCUGGGCGCAUCUCUAUCGCUGCUGUCGGCAGUACCCUCCUCGCUGAGUUGGCGGAUUCCACUCCGUUCUUGAGCGAGAUCCGCAGGAACAACCGUCUCAAGCAAGCCGCAGCAGACUCAGACUUGACAUCCGUUGAAAAGGGUGCUGUUUCGAUGUUUGCUGACUCCAGCAAGAAGGACAUGUAUGUGUCCAUCGCGGCAGCGGUGGGUGGUGUCGCUGCCCUGGUGGGUUACAUGUUCCAUGUAGGCUUGAUCUCGGUUGCAAGUCAAGAGCAGGAGUUCGAGGAAGAAGAGGAGGAGGGUAUCCCGGACUUUGGAAACUUGUCGGCGGGUGAUAUCCUCGGAUUAUAA